AUGCUAGCGGGUGGUUUAGAAGUGAUCUAUUGGCGAGUCCUAUUGGACGUCUUUGCCUGGUUUGGUUUUUCCUACUCGAUUUGGACGUCUCCCACACUCAAGAAUGCUUUGGUUCUAGCAAUCACCGUAGGCGUAAUUGUGGCGACGAGUGGAAGUACCAGUCGGUGGACCCUGACGUUCCCCAUGGCACCCAUCAUUGUCCUGCAGAUCCUCCGAAGGCAAGGAUCCAAAUUAAGGGCAUCCAGAAUUCUGUGUUACACAAGUCUCCUCAUGGUGCUCAUGUCCAUCGCGGCUUCCAUCUUGUUUCCGCCACUACAACUGCCACAGGUGCAAUCAGGAGGUCCCUAUGAUGUGGGCGCCGUCAGCUUUUUUCUUCCCAUCCAACAGGAAGAAACAGACUCUUGCGACAUGUUCAAUCAUACGCAUGUUCCGGUAAGACUGCUCUAUCCGACCAUCCGCAGCAAUGACAGCAGCGACAAAACUACGCCCUACUUGUCUCCCUCAUUGGCCAUGGAGUUCCUACAAGAGAGCAUGAAAGCCGCAGCACCGCCACCCCUAAAACCGUAUGACUGGUUGAUGCAUCACUGGUUGCUGACGGAAUUGCCCAUUCAAAAGCACGCCGCAUUGGUGCCACAAACAACAAAAUUCCCCUUGGUCGUCUAUUCACAUGGUCUCAUGGGAAAUGCCGACAUUUACUCGUACCAGGCCAUGUCGUUGGCGACUCAAGGUAUGCUCGUGUUGAUGAUCAAUCACCUCGAUGGAAGUGCCCCCGUGGCGGAACACCACGACGGAUCCAAAAUUACAUUUGACUAUGACACACUUCAAUUGUGGAAGGAUGGAAAGAAAAAGGAAUACACUCGUGAGCGACAACGACAAACCGAAUGGAGAGCCAGAGAACUGGUGGGUGCUACCAAAACAAUCCUCACUUUGAAUAAUAAUGAUGACAACAACAGUAUCGACCAGGCCGCUCUGUGGAGGACGGACGCUCCGCAUUCCUUGAUCCAAUCCUUCGAGGGCAGAAUUGACAAGGACCGAAUCUUCUUCAUGGGACACUCGUUUGGGGGUGCCACGGCCCUUACGGCGGCCUUUCGGCAACCGGACCUUUUGGAACGGGGUGGAGGUGUCAUUGCCCACGAACCCGCAGUGGAUUGGGUACCAGACGGUCCUCGCCGAUCGCUCUUGCCGGAAGAUCGACUCCAAGGCUUGGCGCACAAUUACACGGGCGGAGUAGCCGGAUGGGAAUUUGAAACCACAGGCGGCGACGACGCGUCGUUGUCGUUGCACUCGCUGAACCUGCUCUUUUUGUUCUCGGGACAAUGGAGAGAAUUGAACUGGGGUGAGAGUCACAUUUUGGAAGAAAUGUUCGCCAAAGGUCGUCUCGGGACACCCGACCAAGGAGUGGUCGACUUUGGUGUCAUUGAUCAGGCGAACCACAAUGAAUUCUCCGACAUGUGCAUGAUCACGCCACUGUGGCUGGCACGAGGCUCUGGUGUGACAGGGGCGCGCAAUCCGCUCGAGACGGCUCAUGAAAUCGAAAAGCGAACGUGGAAGUUCAUUUCCUCGGUGAUCUCGUCAUCCCCAGCAACAGCAACCACCACAGGAACGCAAACGGAAUCAGCGCAAGAAUCGUGA